CAAAUCCAAAAACCCACUACUCUCCCUCCAUUACCUUCCCCUAACAAACUUCAAUUUCUUGAAGGGUACCCCCAAAAAAUUGGAGGUAAAAAAAAUGGGGUCAAGGGCACUGCCCUUAACGCCACCGCAGAAGGUCCUACACCACCCAAACAUAGGGUCUGCAAAAAACCUGUCAAGAUUGUUCUGUAACAGUGUCCACAGCACAGAUCUCAGCAAGAAGAAGUCUUGUUUGGCAGUUUCAGCCAAGAAAGAGGACAAUGCUGCUGAUGAUGGUGAUGAUGAAUCCAUGAAGAAGAAAGAAUCUUUUUUCAGUAAUUUGAUUGAAGCUUUGGAUUUUUCCCAGAUUAGAUCAGAUAAAGAUGGGGAGCUUCUUGAAGAGGCCAAGGAGGCCACUCAAUCUGGUGGGAGAAUGUCCAGACAACAGUAUGGAGCUCUGAGAAGGAAGAUUGGAGGCACUUACAAAGAUUUCUUCAAGUCAUAUGUUGAUGCAAACAUAGUGUGAAAGAAAGAACUACUUUUCUC